GUUUGCCACCGUCUUCUUCUUCAUCAAACGAUGGGUUUGUUGUCGGCGAUUGGGUUAGAAGCGCGCUCCCGGGUUAAAAGAUAUGCAACUGUUGUUGCCAGGGGAGCAGGAUGCCGAUUGAGGUCGGCAGUUGACCUCUGAUUGACGGUGAUGUGCGAUGGAGAGAGUUGGAUGCAGAUCCCAGGGAUCGAUGAUGGAGUUAUGCGAUGGAGAUAAGCUUUUCCGAAGGAAGCGUCGCAGAUGGGUAGUUUUCAUAUGCUAGUGGAGGUCUGCGGUUAUAAGUCUGGAACUGCUUUUGGAAUCGAAAUGAAAUCAAUGCAAAAAGCGCAAUCAGUUGACAGAUGCAAGAUGGAGACGACGAUGGAACACAGAGAUUCACCUCGCACGAACUCAGAGACGGCGAGCUCCGAUCUCGCAAUCAAUCGGCGUGAAGUCCCCCCGGGGGUUUCGUCAUCUGAGAACCUAAUUAUGUCCAGAAGCGCCGAGUUGCUUGUUAAAAGCUUCCACGCAAUCUCCAUAUUGCCUUCCGGCUCUCCAGCAGAGCUCCCACGGGAGUUGAACGGUGCGGCAAUGUGUGAGGCGUGCGGCAGGCCGGAAGCAGAGGGUUGCGUGGUGGUUUGUGACGGCUGUGAGCGAGGGUUUCAUGUCCAUUGCUUGGGGAUGACGGAGGUAGAGGCAUCUAAAUUGGAGGAAUGGAUGUGCAGGAAGUGCUCAGGCGGUGGAAGGCGGAGUAAUCAUUGGCAUUUGGGAUGGAGGAACAAAAGGAGGCGCCUGGGCACUGGUUUUGCAUUAGAUGUGAAUGGUGGAUUGCCUCAGGGUGAUGCAAAUGGAGAAUGCUGUAACAGUUUUGGAUCUCAACUAGCAACUGAUUCAUUGAAGCCCCAGUUUGUGCAGCCAAGUUCUGGGGCUGUAGGUACCAGUUCGAAAGGCCUCACUGAAGAAAAUAAUACAACCAUGGGAUCAUCUACCAAGGAUCAGAGCGCAACAUACUUGCAAGACCUUAAAGAGUAUCUUAAGGGAAAAAAUGAGUUGCUUGCAGAAGGGUGGCGCGUGGAAUUUGACCAUAACUCUGUCACAGGAUUGCUAUGCCCAGUUUAUGUUUCUCCAGAUGGGAAAAGAUUAUGGUCAGUUUCAGAAGUUGACAGUUAUGUUAAAUCAAUUAUAGCUAACAUGCCUUCACAAUGUGGAACUGGAAAAUAUGAUAAUGGACUCCCUAUUCAAUAUGGAGAUUUCUAUGUUCUCUCGGUUGGAAAAGUUGAUGCUAGACACUCUUAUCAUUGUGAGAAUCAGAUUUGGCCUGUGGGUUAUAGUUCCUGCUGGCAUGAUAAGGUCACGGGAUCACUUUUCACAUGCCAUGUACUGGAUGGAGGUGACUCUGGGCCACUGUUUAAAGUCACAAGGAGUCCAUGCUCCACAUUACCUAUUCCAGAUCCAAUGAAAAUCCUAUAUCAAUCCAAACAUGAUAGGACAAAUGAGAGAAGUUAUGUUUUGCCCUCCCAGUCUAUGGAUGACUUGAACAUAUAUUCAAUGCUUGAAGAAGCACCGGCUCCCUUGGAAAAGGAUGUUUUAUCCUGUCUUGGCCAUAGUUCCAAUGAUCAUUCGAACAUGCAAGGAUCAUGUGCCAUACCGGUCGAGAGAAAUUCAUUUUGUAAAAGAUGUCAGGGUGCUCUUAAGCUCUUCUGGAAUCAUGCUUUAGACCAGACAAAUGGAGAAGUUGCAUUAAAAUAUACACCUUUAGAUCAUUUUUAUGGUUUUCCAUACAACCUCAACAUUCCUCAUCUUAUUCAAGCUGACAUGGAGCAUGAAGUGGUGGCUGAAGAGUUACUGAAGUGGCUAGAUCAAGACAGGUUUGGCCUUGAUGCUGAAUUUGUACAAGAAAUCAUAGAGCAAAAGCAGGAGAUCAGAGACAUUUUUGGCUAUGUUCCUUUGAAUAAGAGGAGUUCAUUCUCUUCAUCCAUUACUGUUGGAAAUGGUCUCCUAGAGGUUAGAGCUAUAGAAGCUGAGAACAAAGAUGGUAGAUCCACACCACUUGGUUUACGAAGUUUUAAUGAAGUGAGUAUUAGAAGGAUUAAUGAGGACCUGUCAGAUACCUGCUCUCUUCCUCGUGGGAGGUCUUUUAGCACCACAAUGCCUUCCCUCUUUCUUGGGGAUGCAAUUCAGGUAUUCGAGUUUUUUUGGCGCUUCUACAAAUUGUUAGGUCUAAAAGAGCCUCUAACAUUUGAAAAUAUUGAGGGAGAACUAAUGAAUCGAUGGCAUCAUGGAGCGCUUUUUCUCAAGAAGGUUGAAGGGGAAAUCCAUGAAACUCCAUUUCUAAUUCAAAACGAGAUUGCUGGCACCAAAGGACACAUUUCAGGAUCAAGUUCCAGUUAUGGUCCAGAAGUAGAUAUCGAAAAUCCAGAUUCAGUUGUCAAAAAGGAAACAAAAUUGAUGGAGAAAGGUUUUCCAAUGGAGCUACAGUUGAUUAAGUCUAGCAAAUGCUCAGAUUCUGCCUUGCCUAUGGCUGUUAUCUCUAUGUUGCAAAUUCUGAUAAGUGAUCUUCAAACAAAAGUUGCAGCAGUUGGCUAUCUGAAUUUUGAUAUUAGUGAACCCAAAAAGCGUGGGAGAAAGAAGGAUUUGGACUAUGAUACUACUUCCAAAAGAAACAAACUACCUAUGCUUCCAUGUAAUGAACUAACAUGGCCAGAAUUGUCUCGGAGAUACGCUCUAUCGAUGUUGUCAGUGAAUGGGCACAUCGACUCAACAGAAACUACCACUCAUGAUACUGCACAAAUAUUCCGAUGUUUACAAGGCGAUGGUGGUACAUCAUGUGGCUCUUUGACUGGUGUAGCAGGAAUAGAAGCAGAUGCAUGGUUCCUAGCAGAGGCUAUGAAGAGAAUUUUUGGUUCAUUGGAUAAAGAGAGCGACCGUCUAGCUGUAGAUGAUGAUGAUGAUAUUGACAUGAAAUGCUUGGAAGAGCAUGCUACAGUGAGUGCAAGUGUUCCAGAUUGGGUUCAAGCCCUUGAGCCUGCCAGGAAGCUGCCCACAAAUGUAGGUGCAAGAAUAAAGAGGUGCAUCUUUAAUGCAAUGGAGGGAAGUCCACCAGAAUGGGCGAGAAAGAUCUUAGAGCAUUCUAUUAGCAAGGAAGUGUACAAGGGAAAUGCCUCUGGGCCUACAAAGAGAGCUGUCCUAUCUGUUCUUGAGAGAGCAAAUGGUGAAUAUAGUCCUCAUAUGCCCGUUAAUGAGAAAAAGAAAAAGUUCAUCUCAAUCUCCGGCUUAAUGAUGAAGCAGUGCCGGCUUAUUCUGCGGAAAGCAAUGGCUGCUGAUCAAAGAAAGGUUUGCUGCAAUUUGCUAGGCAAGAGGAUAUCAAGUUACAACAGUGACGGUGGGACUAUUGGGUCUCCAGGAAUGGUUUCACGUCCUCUUGAUUUUAGAACCAUUGAUCAGAGAUUGGCAGCAAAUGCUUAUGAUGGAAUGCAUAUGGCUUUCUAUGAGGAUGUAUGUGAGGUGUGGAACAAUGUCUUUCUUGCAUUUAAAGAGCAACCAGAGUUGCUUCAAUUAGCAGAAAACUUGGCAAAUGAUUUCAAUGCUUUGUAUGAAAAGGAAGUUGUAACUCUCCACCAGAAGUUGGCCAACUGUAGGAAACAGCAUUCUAUGGAAGCCAGUUUAGAGAAGAUGAUAAAGGAGAUUAUUUCCUGUGAAGAAAUUCCUAAAGCCCCAUGGGAGGAUGGAGUUUGUAAAGUAUGCGGUGUUGACAAUGAUGAUAAAAGUGUUUUAUUAUGUGAUACAUGUGAUGCUGAGUAUCACACAUAUUGCUUGAGUCCCCCGCUUGCUCGGAUUCCCAGUGGGAACUGGUAUUGCCCAUCAUGUGUUGCAAAUGUUAAUAUAGUUUCAGACGCAUACACAAAGACUGCAGCUCUCCACCAACAGCCGGAAAAACAUCACGGUGAAUUAACCGAUGCCUAUAUAAAACCAGUGGAAGAUCUGGCAACUGUAAUGGGGAAAAAGGAGUAUUGGGAGUUAAAUAUUGCGGAGAGAACUGCCCUGCUUAAGUUCCUUUGUGAUGAGUUGUUGAACUCAGCUCUCCUCCGCAUGCACCUAGAACGCUCUGCAGAAGACUCUGUCAAGUUGCAUCAGGAAUUGCGUUUUGCUUUGAAGGAAUUGAAGGCAUUGAAACAAAGAGAAAAUUUUCUAGCCAAACACAUUGAUUAUAGCUCUCUUAUGGUUGGUUCAUGUGAUGUUGCAAUAAAUGAUUAUGAUGAUAUGUUUACAGAUGAUACAGAAGGUGCUUCUCUAAUGGAUAUUGAUGGCCAAGUACAUGGGAGUUCUUCUACCAAUUCUUCUUCCAUUGGCCAGAAUAUGAAUGUACUUCCAUAUGAAGAAAAAACUAAAGGCCUGAAUGAAGUGACUAAACAUGUCACAUAUGAAGAUAUCUCUGAAAUGCAUGCAGGAAAUCAUCCUUAUAUUCCUAAUCACGACGACAUAGAGAUACGUCAUGCUUCUGAAAACAUGGAUGGCGAUAAUCUUGGACAAGCUUUAAAUCCCAGGCUUGAGCCUGUGAGAAACCAGAUUUUACUUCUGGAAAAUUCCAUUACCAGUUUGCAGAAACAAUUACAUAAAGUGUCUUGUCAGAGUGAGUUUCUAGGCGUUGAUUCUGCAGGGAGAUUGUAUUGGGCUCUAUCAAAUGCAGAUGCAAAACCGUGUAUGGUUGUCAAUGAGAACAUGGGACUGCAGCCAGGAGACAACAUAACUCCAAGUGGUUCUAAUGAUCUGCGUCCUUUCUGGUAUGAGCAUUAUGAAGAGAUCUCAGUUCAUUCUUCCUGGACUUGUUAUGAAACUGACUCUGAGAUUCAAAAGGUUUUAGAUUUUUUGAAAGAUGAUUAUCCACCGGAAAGACAGUUGAAGGAGUCCAUUCUGUGUUGGCAAAAGAAGAGGACUGAUCAUCCUCAGUUUGCUAAGUCAAUUAGUUCACCCCAAGAUGAAGUUUUAUGUGGUAAUAAUCUUGCAACUAGAGCUACCAGGCUAUUGGGAGUUAAGUAUGGUUCUGCCGUUGAGUUGGAAGCCACAGAAGAAUUCUGCAAGCAGCAGAGGGAAGGGGACAAUGCAUUUAAAAGAGAUUAUGGAAUCUACCGAUGUAAAUGCUUAGAGCCAAUGUUAUCAUUCAAACACCAUUGCAUUCAUUGCCAUCAAACCUUUGUCUCUGAAGGGGAGCCUCAGUUUCAUGCCCAGGCUAAGUGCAUAUAUUCUUUAGGUUUAGGAGGGCCCAAAGAGAAUGGUGUGGUAAAAAAACCAAAAGCUCAGGGACCUAUAAGUGAGUGUUUUGAAGUGUCAAAUUCACUGUUUGUUCGAUAUGAAUUUGAUGGAAUUGAUUGUCCAUAUAACUUGGAAGAUAUCUGCUCCAAAUUUGUAAUCAAAGAUUCUUCUAUGAAGGAAGUGGUUGCACAGAUCGGCCUUAUAGGUUCUAAGGGAACUCCAACCUUUGUUCCAUCCCUCCUCUCUCAUCUAAGUGAUCCCACUUCAUUGCUAGUUCAAGUUCAAGAUAAUAUUCCUUGCCCUGAUGUCAACCACAACACAGAACAUAUAGUGAAGCCUGAUAUCCCGCCUCAACAGUCCCCAGGAAGAAUAAAAGCAUUGGUGGAACAGAGUGACACGUUGGGCCAUAAAGAAUCUGGAAUACGUACGAGGUCGGAAAGUGUCAAAUGCUUAAUUGUUUCAAAUUCUGCUUUAAGGCCUGUGGUAGGUGGUGAAGCUUCUCAGAUCUUGAGGCAGCUGAAAAUUAAUUUACUGGACAUGGAUGCUGCACUUCCUGAAAAAGCACUGAGGACGUCAAAAUCACAAAUAGAAAGGAGACAGACCUGGCGUGCAUUUGUUAAAUCUGCUGUGACAAUAUAUGAGAUGGUUCAGGCAUUGAUCGUGUUUGAAGAAUCGAUAAAGUCGGAGUACCUGAGCAGUUCGUGGUGGUUCUGGUCAUCAAUCUCAGCAGCCGUAACGAUAUCCACACUGUCUUCCCUUGCUCUGCGUAUAUACUCCUUGGAUGCAGCUAUCAAAUAUGAACAGGUUGCAGCUAAAAAGGCUAAACCAGGCAAGAAAGUAACAGUCAAGAAAAGGAAGGAUCUUCAAUAGUCAUGCAGUGAUGAAUAUGUGAUGAAUAUGCAAGCGAUCCUUCCCUUUUGACAUUUAUUUUUGUGGUUUUAAUUUUUUGUUGGGCCCAGUUUUUUUGCGACUAAUAUUUUUAGUAGCAGGUUUAUUUUAGAAAUGUCAUCUUCCUUUAGAAUUAGUCCGUUAGUUACUUGCCUCCUGAAUAAGGAGUCCUGAUACAC